ACUCCCCUGCGCUAUAUCUUUGCGGCUGUAUAUUAUGCGCAGCGAAUACAUAAACACACAGACCUGGGCACGGUUUGGCGUCGCUACUGAGCUAUCGUACUACGAAAGCACGCACACUCACCGUCAUUUCGUCCAACCUCACUCUACGCGCAGCAUUCAUCAGCUGGACCACGCUCGACAAGAUCUACUGAUCGACACAGUUUCCUUGUUCGCAAUCGGCUUGACGAGUUGUCAUUUGCAACAGCCAUGGAUCUGCGGAAGCGAUUUGAGAAUAUGAAGGCGGAAGAUUUUGCCGAAACAUGGAACAAAUAUGAUGCUGAUGGUAAUGGCUUCAUUGAAGGCAGUGAGCUAACGAAUUUCUUCAGAGAUUUCGUCAUGAAGAAUAAAGAUUCCUCAGCAGCGGCAAUGUCGCCCGCUAUGCUUGAUGAGAUGAUCAAGCAACACAUGUGUGCGUACGAUGAGGACGAGGAUGGGCGAAUCGGCAUGUCAGAGCUAGCAGAGAUCCUGAACCAAGAGGAGAACUUCAAACUGAUCCUGAAAACCCAGGACUGCAAGCGAACCAGAGCCGAGUUCGAAAAGAUCUGGAAGAAGUACGACAAUGAUGGUAAUGGAUACAUUGACUCGGGAGAACUAAAGAAGUUUCUCCGAGAUGUUCUACCCGAGGGAAAAGUUACUGAACCCUCUUUAGAAAAAUAUGCAGACGCCCUGCUGAAGAUGUUAGAUUCAAACGACGACAAAAGAUUGGAACGGCAGGAAAUGGAAAAGUUUUUCGCAGUAAAGGAUUAAGGUAUGCUAUAUCCUUGGUUUGUACAGCGCUCAACCCUAUCAACAUUACAAAGGGCUUCGGGGCAACCAAAUCCUGAUGGAAAUACCAGUCGCAUCGUCAAACUCUGGAAACUUUUCUUUCGAUCUUUCUGAACUUUCUUCUGUAUAUUCUUAGCCGAAAUAGUAUCAUAGAUUCAACCAUUUUUAGCUUCAACAAUUGUUUGGCUUCAACCAUUUUGUAGGGAUACAGUUGAACAUGAAAUUGUAUAGUCUAAAUAGUGUAGAGCAAGACAUUUUCUAUGACAAGAGAGCUAGAAAGCACAGUGAUAAUGAUUCGUUAUUAAUCGCAAGUAGAAACCAAUAAUCAAUAUUUUCUAAUGCGCUUGCAAUACAUUUCGUUGGACACAGAGGUUUUUCAUGUUUAUAUCGUUCAUUAGCUUCUUUUGCAAUUAUAUAGAAUGUUUUCAUCUUCGUAUCAAACCAGCAUAAACCUUUUGUGUGUUUUGCCAACGUCAGAUAUUUGAAUUGUAUGACAAUGAUCAGAAUCUGUGUGGAUGACAGAGUUGGUUUCAAUAUCUUGAAAUAGAGAACAAAAUGGUAUUGGGACUCUACAAGAACAGCGCCAAAAGAUUCUUGCUGCGCGCACUUCAGGCAUCAGGUCUUAUGUAAUAAUUAUAAUCGUGACUAUAAGUCUUAGUACACUUGAUGAAAUCUUCAUUUUCAUAGUAAUUCAAGUGUAAAAAGGAAUAGCCUUGAAUGAACCUGUAAACUCCAAGUGAAAGUCAAUUUUCGACUGUACAUGUAAUCAAACCCGUCAAGGUUUCGAUACUUCGACAGACGUUUAUUGUUCGUGUAAAUCGUGUACUUUUAACAUUCCAUUCGUUUUCAUAUAAGACGUAGCUAUAGAGUUUAUUCACGAGUCGGCCAUUUUAAAUACAAAGCGAGGUAACCUGUUCAUUUUUGGAACUUGCGAGUAGAAAUGAAAGCAAUGAAAUGAAACUUCAUUACAAAUAAAUGCCAGCCUGCUCUGAUGAAUAACUUAACCUUUGUAAUUAAUCAUACUCUAAUGUUUAAAGCCACAUUUUAUUACAAAAAAUUGAGGCUUGGCACGCACUCCAAUCAUAAAAUAGUCUGGCACCAUCCCAUUCAACAGUUUACAAUUUGUAAAAAAGAUUCAGGGAACACGAUCAAAAUUGGCUUCCUCGUGAAUCAGGUCUAUACGCUGAUGUCUGCGGGGGUAUUAAAUCAUGGAUCCUGGAAAUGUUACCAUUUUUAUUCGAAACAGAAUCGGAGGAUAUUCGAUCUCCAUUUUGAGAAUUGUUUUCCAAACUCUAAAAUUCAUAAACAGUAAAUCAAUUCUGAUUGCAUGUUUCAUUAUACACACCCGACUGAGUUCAAACCUGUCUUACAUAUUAAAACCACGUUUAUUACAAAACUGUCGAUUUGCAUUUUUCAACAUUCAUCAAAUUAAUAAAUGACAAGUGGCAUGUGAAAAUAUGGCUAGUAUACUUUCAGAAACACAAUGAAUUUGAACCGAGCCCUAUGUGGCACACAUACUAAAUUAUAAAUGAUGAAAAAUGAUUUAUGAAGAACGACAGUUACAGACGAACGUGCGUGUCAUUAUUUCAAUUUAAUUUUGUUUAUAUAUUUGCUUUGCAUUUGGUAAAAUCUUGGUUUGUGGUUUCCCUUUUAACUCUUCAUUAUAAAAAUUCCUUUAUUUCUUAAGACGUUUGCAUUUUUAUUUCGUAUUCCAAAGUAUAGGGAAGUGGCUUUAUUUAUAAGGGAUAUCAGUGCAAUUCGCGAUAUUAAACUUGUUGUUUUUACUAUAGGCCAUAAUUAUGCAAUAUUUGUGGUUUUUCAAAUUAAGAUUGUUUUACUGAAUUCGGUCAUUUGUUCUUUAAUACAAAUUGAAUUGGGAUUUCGCCAGGGUAACAACAAAUGGUUUUGUUUGCAAGGUUUUAUCUUUUGCUCUGAGCUGAUUUGAGCUGAAUUAUGUGAAUAUUAAUUUCUAAAGUAAAAUAAUAUUUUGCCAUAAUGUUGGCGAAUGGUGAAAAUAAAUAUUCCAGUUUGAAAUAUAUAUUCUGCAUUUCAAAACUAGGCAUACGGAAAAAAUAUAUGUAAUACUUUGCACAUUUUUCAAUGUUUGAUAUUUAGUUGAAAAUACCUUUCUUUCUUAUAUUACAUCAUAAAAAAAUAUACAUAGGGCUUACGUAUUCUUAAUUGUUAUGGGUGAUCGUCGAUCCAACGCAAAGGACUUUAAAGUCAGAAGCUGAGAGAUUCAAAAAUGGUUGAAUUUUCAUGAGCAGCAUACAAUUUGCUCAACUUUCAAGCUACUUUUAAUUAAGGGAUUCUUGUUUGGAUUCAUGUUCAAGAUCAAAGACUAAUUGGAAAACAUUUUUUAAAUAACAUGAAUAACAUUCCUGUUCCACUGUCUAUUUAAAAUGUACUUCUUUAGAAAAUGUGCUGCACUAAUCGGUGGAAAAUACAACUUUUAGGUUGCAAAAAAAAUCCAUGAAAAAGCUCUGAUAAGCGAUUGAAAGAUAUAAUAGCGAUUUCCUCACAAGUGUUAAUUGAAACGAAGGUUGAAAACAAGUGUGUUUUAUGAGGAAUGAAACAGUCUUAGCCCGCUGCUCAACUUUUAAAAGAAUCUUCAGCAUGCGACUUUACAGCUCCUUUCGCGAUGGGAUGCCACAUUAUGUAAUCAACAUUUUGAGGGUAAUAAAAAACAGUAUUCUCUUAACCCAG